CAUUCAAAUGUGUGCAUCUCAAUGCCCCCAUGUCCAAGGCUCGCAAGGAAGCCAGUCUUCUCAACACGACCGAGGGCCACCACACACACACACACAUGCAUCAAUGACUUGCGUGACAGUAAUCACACCACGUGGGUCGGCAGGUAGGGAUGGAUGCCUCUGUCUCGCUCCCCCAUACCACACAACAGCGAGGGAGAGAAUACAAUACAGACCACGAAUAUACCCAAGAGAGAGAGUUCGAGCCCGCUUGUGUCGGGAUGCUGGCUUUGUGUGUUUCCCCAGCGUGCCGCCGACGUCCAUGACAUCUCUCAUAUCAGAAAGGUGCCAUGGGCGUGCGACGAGACUGAGCAACACCCAAAGCCAUCUUCGACAAGGACGGCACCGACAAGAGGGCCGGCCGCAUCGACAGAACCAAGCGAGAGCUAAGCACGUGCCAUGACGGACAGCAAGGGAAAUGACACAACCGAUAAAAAACACACUUGGCAGGGGAAAAUGGGCCAUCAAACGACUCGCUGUCUGUCUGUCCGUCUGUCUGGAUCUGAUUCUGUCCGUUCGCCCGUCCCGUCCCGUGACGUUCGUGACAGCUCCACUUGAACGAGCGAGCGUCACGAACAUCACGCGCGACACCACGAACAUACAAAAUCAGAUAGUGGACAAGCGAAAAUUCCAUUGUGCAUCGUUGGUAACAUGACAUCCUCUAUCCCUGUGCCAACGACAAGCGCAGCAAGUGCUUGCUGCGACUCAUCGUUGCUGCAGGGCGGGAGAAUGCGAAGCUGCCAACAUGCACCUCUGCACAGAACACGAGAGAGGGGAAAAAGACGCACACAUACCGAUAAAGGACCGAAAAACACCCACGUAGCAAAAGGGCCUCCCUCUAGUGUAGGCUGUCAGGCCAGGCCAGCGCGCAUCUAAGUACGACAGGUACGCUACAUCGCUUUGCUGCCGGAUCGCUCGGUCAGUAUUUGGGCAGGAAGGGGUUCUCGUCUCCCGGCUUCAUCCGCGCAAACGUGUGGUUGACAGCACGGUGGUAACUCUCAUCUGCAGCAGUGCACAAUGCAUCCACCACACACACGGGAUGCACACGCGCCUCUGGCAUGUUGUGUGUGUGCGUGCGUGUGUGUGUGUGUGUGUCUGACCUGCUCUCAUGGCCAGGAUGACGUCUUUGAUGGUUGCAUUCUCGGCCAGACACCAGUAGUCGCGAGCCGCAGGCGGCACAGACAUGGAUGCCAGCUCGGGCAGCUUGCCGCUGUCCAGCUUAUGACACACACACACACACACACACACACAGUGGACACAGCUACUUGUGCCUGUGUAGCCCAGGCGGUGGUUUGGUCCGAUCUCUCUCACCUCGUUGAGGAGUGUGGUGUAGGUCUGCACGGCCUCCUCAUUCAGAUAGCCGGCCAGCCUGCACGACGACACGCAAAAUCAACACACCACGACACACAGAUAGCUGUCGAACAUGUGUGCGCCUGCGCGCCUGCCUGCCUGUCUACCUGUGGGAGUAUCUGGGCGAGAUGAGGUACGACACCCCGUAGCCAACGAUGCUCACAAACUGACAGAAACAACACAGCACAGCACACGCAAGCCUUGCAGAUGGAUGAGGGCCGAGCCCGCGCCCGCGGUCCCUGUGUGUCCGUCCGCACCUGUGCCGCCAGUAUGUUGAUGCGCGUCAGUACCGAUGGGUGCUUGAGGUCCAGCACAAACAUCAGGUGCAUCCGCUCGUUCUCAGACUCUGAGCCAACACACACACACGCACAAACACACACGCCCACCGCCCAAAUGAGGCUGCAUUCAAUUGCUGAAUAGCCGACUGACCUUCGAGCAGUGUGUGGAUCCAGCCCUGGUCCGACUCGAACUUCCGCAGGCACUGCAGGUGCCUACUCAUGGCGCCGAUGAUGCCUGGCACAGCAGAUAUGCUCUCCAGCACCAGCAUGCGACGGAGCCACCCGGAGGACUUGAGCGUGACGAACGAAUAACCUACCACCACAACACACGGCCACGUUCAGCCUGCAGUGAGUGUCACGGGCAGUGCAUACCGACCGGUGGUGGUGUUGUACAGCGCCCUCAGAGACAGCGCAGUCCAGCUGGCCAGGUGCUCCGAAAACCCCUCAGGCGGAUGAUGCGCCAACCUGAGCAACACGCAUUGGAUGCAUCAUCAGACAACUCUCCCAAGCUAUCGUGAAUGUGCUGCGCUCUUACGUGACGUUCUCGACGUCGGCAUCGCUCCAGAUCUGCCAGAACGGCAACAGACACACAAACAGCACGUCACUGAAAACGCUACGACACGUGUGCAGCUCCCUCCCUCCCUCCUACUGGGUGGUGCAUGCGGUAUUCUGACGGGUGCGGCACCCACUGGUCGCUGGACAUGACGCCCUCCGUCUUCAUCCGCAGCCUGAAGUGCCGCGUGUCGCCGCCCUGGGCAGCGGUGUAGCCGAACGGGAACUCAGAGAACACGCUCUUCGCUGGCUUGGCUCCCUCGGCCUCAUCGGCCUUCUUGUCCGUCUGUGAUGUGGUUGACAGGUGCCGCCUGACGAGCAGAGGGUGGAAGGCGGUGCAGCGAAGCGGUGAGCGGUAGAAGGUCGCCGGGAGUGCGGCCGACAGAGCUUUUGGCACGGCGGCGAGGCAAGGGGAGGGCCUUGUGAGCAACGACAUCUUCGACGAGACCACCAGGAGCAGAGAUCUUC